CGAACAGUCAUUCGUCGUUCCUUGUUCGAGCGCUUUCCAGUCCGGUGUCAAUUUGGUGUGUAUAAGUGUGUGUGUGUGUAACGAGCUGCUAACGUUUGGACGUUCUGCUGCGCUAGCCAAAGCUGCUGAAAACCCUCGUGCUUGUUACUUACUAGCUUGGGUGUUUUCGUUCACAAAAAGAACAUGGCUACCACACCAGUAAUAGGAAUUGACUUUGGCAAUGAUACCUGCUUUAUUGCUGUUGCCAGAGCUGGAGGCAUUGAAGUCAUUAUCAAUGACUACAGUCAGCGAGACACACCGAGCUUUGUAGCGUUGACAUCAAAGAAUCGGAUGAUGGGGACAUCUGCUAAAAAUCAGAUUAUUACCAACAUCAGCAACACAGUAUUUGCUUUCAAACGUUUGCUUGGUCUCCGAUUUGAUGAUCCCUUAGUGGCGGAGGAACAGAAACAUCUUCCUCAAACUUUGGUUGCCACACCAGACGGUGAAGUGGGUUUCAAAGUGUGGUAUCUGGGGGAGGAAGUUGUAUUAGGUGUGCGGCAAAUAGUUGCCAUGCUCCUUACAAAAGUCAAGGAUAUUGCUGAAGCUGCAUUGGAGUGCAAAGUAUUCGAAUGCGUCCUGGCGGUACCAUAUUUUUUUACGGACGCGCAACGAAGAGCCUUGCUAGACGCUGCUGCCAUCGCCGAUAUUCAAGUUCUGCGGUUGUUGAACGAGCCCAGCGCUGCCGCUGUCGCUUAUGGUCUUUAUCGCACCUCUACUGACUUGCCAAACGCUGAGCAGCCACCCCGCCACGUAGCGUUUGUUGAUUUUGGCUCUUCGGCCCUACAAGUCGCUAUUUCAGCAUUCCAUAAAGGCAAAGUGAAGAUGUUGGCUUGCACCUUCGAUUCAUCUUUAGGAGGUCGCUCAUUUGACAUUGCCAUUGCGCACCAUUUGGCGCAAGGCUUUAAUAAGCCAGGAAGUGAUGUGACAAAAAAUAAGCGAUCGUGGAUUCGCCUUUUAGCCGAGGUUGAUAAAUUAAAACGUCAAAUGUCUGCCAAUAUUUCUGCUUUGCCGAUAAAUGUUGAAUGUUUGAUCGAUGAAAGAGAUUUCGGGGCCAAGAUGAAAAGGUCAGAGAUGGAAGAGCUCUGUGCUCCACUCUUCGAGCGAGUCGAGCAGACUCUACGUCGCUGUCUGACGGAAUCGGGUCUGAAGCAAGAAGACAUCUCCGAGAUUGAACUAAUUGGUGGCUCGACUCGUAUUCCAGCUGUCAAGUCACUAAUUGAACAGGUGUUCGGUAAACCUCCAUCGACGACCCUCAAUCAGGAUGAAUGCGUUGCCCGUGGCGCAGCCAUUAUGGCUGCGAUGCUUUCGCCCAGCUUCAAAGUUCGUGAAUUUUCCCUUACGGAUCUUCAACCCUAUGCUAUCAAUCUUAACUGGAGUGGUGAAGACGUUGAACACGGUGAAAUGGAAGUGUUCCCAAAAUUCCAUAGCGUCCCGUUCUCCAAAAUUUUGACGUUCUUUCGAAAGGGCCCCUUCGUGUUGACCGCUCGUUAUGCUGACCCUGACGUCGGUCAGAUCCAUAAAUCCGAUACCAUCUCACAAUUUCACAUUCAAGGUGUGAAACCUGGCGCUCAAGGUGAAGCGCAAAAAGUUAAAGUCAAGGUUCGUUUGAACCUACAUGGAGUUUUCCAGGUGGUAUCUGCAACUAUGAUGGAAAAACAGGGAUCGUCGCAGUCCACUGGUGAAGUCACAUCAGAGACGGCCAAUGCCGAAACCGAAAGUAUGGAAACGGAAACCUCAACAGAAAACCAAGAAUUAUCGUCGGAUACCACAAAAAUGGACACCACUGAAGGAGAAACGCAAGAGGGGGAUAAGACUGCUGCAGCCGCGACUCAACCUAACCAACCCAAACAAAUUGUGAAAGCCGUAGACCUUCAGGUUGAUAGUAAAACCAGCAGCUUCACGCAACAACAGAUUCAAGAAUUGACAGAACGCGAGGCUGGUUUCCGUUCAGUCGACAACCAGGAGAGGGAUCGCCUCGACUCGAAGAACGCUCUCGAGGAGUUCGUUUUGAACAUCCGCGGCCGCGUCAACGACUCAGAUGACCUAGAAGCCUACAUUGAGCCAAAUGUUCGAGAUGAACUUGUACAGAUGGCGGAUAGUACUGAGAAUUGGCUUUAUGACGAAGGAGAAGACUGCAAAAAGCACGAAUACGUUGAAAAACUGCAGCAACUUCAGAAUUUGGCGGCUCCAGCGCAGCAGCGUAAACGUGAUCACGAGAGCACUCCUCGCGCCGCUGAAUCUUUUGCUGCAUCUUUGAAUCGCUUCAAGAAGGCGCACACAGCAUAUCAUGCCGGUGAUGCUGCUUACGACCAUUGGACUCCUGAGGAAGCCAAGAAAUUAGAACUAGCCAUAGCCGAGAAGAUGUCCUGGCUGGACGCCAAUAUGAGCCGUGUGCGUUCAACGGUUAAAACUAAGGAUUUGCCCAUUAAAGCCGCUGCUUUCCUUAGCGAGCAACAGGCAUUUGAAAGCAGCAUGAAUCCAGUUUUGAACAAACCCAAACCCCAGCCUCCUGCUCCGCCGGCUGAUGCUGCACAGCCCAGCAAACCAGAGGAAGCCGCCAACGCCACUCCAGCUACUGGUGAGAAGAUGGACACGGAGUGAGUGUUUCUUUCAUUUAGCCGCAAUUCAAUCGAAAAAAAAAAAAUAAAAACAAAAAUAAUACAACAAAAAAAUACAGCUUCGGUCUAUUAAUAUGAGGACUUUUUUCCCCGUCACGUCAAACUAAAUCAUAAAUGUUGGUCUAGUGAUUCUUGGCCGAAUUUGUUUCCUUUUUUGUUAGAUCGUUUUCCCAGCCGAGUGUGGUGAAACGGUUAUUUUUUUUGUCUCUAUUUUCAUCUGUUUAUUUCUUUUCAGCAAAUAUUUCUCGCGUUAAUUUGUGAACGUCGAAGCUGAAUUAUCUUCCCUAAUCCCCUUUAAGAAAACAAAUAAAACAGUUUCAUUAGUUCAUGUA